CUCACCGCCGCCUGGCGCCACAACCAAAUUGUUCGCUCGCCCGUACUCAUUCGUCGUUCUCGUUCUCCUCCUGUAAAUCUGUAAUCUACCAUUUCACCUUUUGAUCGCCGAACAAGUCACUAGUGCGGGAAUCAUUGCGUAGUUUGCUAAUAUUGGUGGUUUAUGGUAGGACCUAAAUUGUAUCAGGCAACCAAGCUCGCUUCGAGGACUGUGGUCUUGCCCAGACGCUAAUGCCGUGAAGGAGUUGUGAUUUGUGAGAGCCACACUCUUAUCCUCGCUGCUUCCUCCUUUUCACCCGCAACCGCAGAAAUUUUUAGGUUGGGUCUGAUUUGCUGCUGUUGUUGUCGAUGGGAUAAAAUCAGGCUGAUGAGUCGUAUAGUUCGACAGUAUACAGUUGCAGUUGUGAUAUCGCAGUUAAGAUGUCCCUUUUUAGUCGAUUCUUUUAUCGAAGGCCCCCUGAUGGUUUGCUGGAAGUUGUUGAGAGAGUAUAUGUUUUUGAUUCAUGCUUUUCGACCGAAGUUUUACGAGAGGGAAUGUACCAUAUCUACUUGCAUGAAAUUAUUACUGAGCUUCAUGAAGAAUAUUCGGACUCUUCGUUUCUUGCCUUCAACUUCCGAGAAGGAGAAAAGAGGAGCCAGUUUGCCGAAAUUCUGUGUGAAUAUGAUGUCACUGUCCUGGAUUAUCCACGGCAGUAUGAAGGUUGUCCCCUUCUUCCAUUGUCUUUAAUUCAGCAUUUCUUGCGUGUCUGUGAGAAUUGGCUCUCAAUUGGUAAUCAUCAAAAUAUUAUCUUGCUUCACUGUGAGAGGGGGGGUUGGCCACUGUUGGCAUUUGUCUUAGCUAGCCUCCUGGUUUUCAAAAAGCUGCACAGUAGUGAGCAGAGGAUUCUUGAAAUGGUCCAUCGGGAGGCACCCAAGGGUUUUUUACAGCUUCUGUCCCCUCUGAACCCAUUACCAUCUCAGCUUCGUUACUUGCAUUAUGUUGUGCGGAGAAACAUCUCCCCUGAAUGGCCACCUUCAGAGCGGGCUCUUUCCUUGGAUUGUCUCAUUCUUCGAGCAAUUCCUAGCUUUGACUCCCACACUGGAUGUAGGCCAAUGAUCCGUAUUUUUGGUCGAAAUCUCCUCAGCAAGGAUGGACUUUCAACUCAUAUGCUGUUCUCCUUGCCCAAGAAGAACAAAGCCCUUCGGCAUUACCGACAGGUGGAAUGUGAUGUUAUCAAAAUUGACAUACAAUGUUUGGUUCAAGGGGAUGUUGUAUUGGAGUGCCUCCAUGUAGAUAUGGACUCGGAAAGGGAAAUCAUGAUGUUCCGUAUAAUGUUCAAUACUGCUUUCAUCCGUUCUAACAUUCUGAUGCUGAAUUCUGAGGACUUGGACAUUCUUUGGGAUUCAAAGGAGAGAUAUCCAAAAGGCUUUCGGGCUGAGGUUCUGUUUGGGGAGGUUGAGAGUAUAUCACCUCAUAGAGCUCCAAUUGCAACUUUAAAUGGUGAAGAGAAGGGUGGAUUACCCAUUGAAGCUUUUUCUAGGGUUCAAGAGCUCUUCAGUGGUGUCGAAUGGGUUGAAAGUGAUGGGGAUGCUGCUUUAUGGUUGCUAAAGCAAAUCUCUGCAAAUGCUUUACAAGAAAAAAUUGAAAAACUCAUUAUAGGUGAUGUGCAAGAGCUUUCAAAACUGCAGAGUAAGAUGAGUGUAGAAACAUCACCUACAGAUUCUGAGGAAGAAAAUGAUUAUUCAAAGACUGCUAGCAUGGAUCUUAUAAAAUCUGAAACCAUUCCAAAUGCAAAAUUUGUGGCCACACCAUUUAUGAAUUCCCUUAAUGAUCUUAUAGCUCAAGACAUUGAAUUAGAAGAUGUUACAAUUCCACAAGACUUUGUUUCCCAGUCUUCUGUUGUUCCAACUGAAACUUCAAUUCCAAGUCCAGGUUGUUCUAUUCUUUCACGUUCUCAAAGCUAUGGUCCCCAUGCUACAGAUUCUGCACCAUUGCAUCCACCACCACCAGCUCCGCCGCCACCACCACUGCUAUGUCGAUCAUCUCGACAUGAAACUCUGGAAAACAAUGCUCAUGAUGCAACUCCACCACUGCCAAGCCCUUCACCAUCUCUUCCUACAAAUGAGAAUGAAUUAUCCCCAUAUCCUCCAGCUCCACCACCUCCUGGUGCAGUAACUACACACCUACCUCCGCUCCCAUCCUCACCAUCGUCCCCACCUCAUCCUUUGAUGAUCACUAAUUCUGGUCAACCCAUGACGACAACUUCCCCCACUGCUUUUGGCAGAUGCCCCCCUCCACCACCACCUCCUCCCCCCCUACCAUGUGUAUCUCUUAAAGUUUCAGCUGCAUCGUAUUAUCCUUCCCCACUUAUAAGGCCCCGUCCGCCACCUCCACCGCCUCUACCGUUUCAUUCUGGGAGAGAUGCUUUGACAUUGCUUACUCCCCAACCCUCUAUUUCUGAUGUAAAUCCUUCAUUGCUUCCUCUCCCUUCUUAUCCUAUUUCUGGUGAAGAUGAUCCAUUAGGCUGUUGCGCUCCUGCUCCCCUUGUUUCUGCUGGAGAUUCUCCUGGACGACCACCACAACCACCACCCCCGCCUCCUCCUCCGCCUCCACCAUCCCUUUCUACCUCUACAAGAGGCCUUUCUCCACCUUCUGGUGAUGUCUCCAAUAGAUGCCCAUCACCUCCGCCCCCACCUCCUUCGAUAAUUUCUAGUAACAACCUGGACGAGCGGUCCCCUCCACCUCCUCCAAUUGGUUCUCAUCAAGGCCCUCCACCACCUCCACCACCUCCACCACCUCCACCACCUCCCUCUAGCUUUGGUAGUUUUAGUCCUCGACCACCACCUUGGCAUAAUUUAUCUAAUAAUGCUCCUAUGCCGCCACCGCCGCCUUCUAUGAGUUCAGGAAUUUUUGGAGCAUCUACCAAGAAUUCUAUCCUUGGGGCUCCUCCUCCUCCGCCUCCUCCGCCUCCUCCGCCUCCUUUACCUCCCUUAGCCUCUGGUGGUUUUGCUUCUCGAGUUCCACCCCCACCUCCCAUGGGACCUACUCGACAAGUUUCAAUCCCUCCACUUCCACCCAAGAAUUCUACCCUUGGGGCGCCUCCUCCUCCGCCUCUUCCACCUCCCUUAGCCUUUGGUGCUUCUACUCCUCCAGUUCCACCCCCACCCCCACCUCCCAUGGGACCUACUCGACAAGUUUCAAUCCCUCCACUUCCACACAAGAAUUCUACCCUUGGGGCUCCACCUCCUCCACCUCCCUUAGCCUCUGGUGGUUCUGCUCCUCCAGUUCCACCCCCACCUCCGAUGGGACCUACUCGACAAGUUUCAAUCCCUCCACUUCCACCACAAGCAAAUGGUCCACCCCCACCCCCACCCCCUGGGGUAAAGUGUUUUACUGCGCCACCUCCUCCACCACCAUCUAUUGGAAGGGGAAGAACCUCAUCAGCUCCAGUUUCGGUAAGCUAUGGAAGAGGUCGUGGUGCUGCUAAUGCAGCUAAGAAAGCUUCUUUAAAGCCAUUACACUGGGUAAAAGUUACUCGGGCAGUGCAAGGUAGCUUAUGGGCUGAUUCCCAGAGACAAGAAAAUGGGUCAAGGGCCCCUGAAAUAGAUAUUUCGGAACUUGAAAGUCUGUUUUCAGCUAAUACUGAUGGGAGUGGCAAGGACAGGGGUGGAAUUCGACGGGGUUCUAACAUCAACAAACCAGAGAAAGUGCAGUUGGUUGAGUUGCGCAGAGCGUAUAACUGUGAAAUAAUGCUCACAAAAAUAAAAAUGCCUCUCCCAGAUAUGAUUAAUGCAGUUUUGGCUUUGGAUAUGUCAGCUUUAGACAUUGACCAAAUUGAGAAUCUCAUCAAAUUUUGUCCCACGAAAGAAGAAAUGGAAACACUGAAGAAUUAUCCUGGCAACAAGGAAAUGCUUGGAAGAUGUGAACAGUUUUUCCUGGAGCUGAUGAAGGUCCCUCGAGUAGAAUCCAAGUUAAGGGUAUUUUCAUUCAGGAUCAACUUUUCUACUCAGGUGAAAGAGUUACGAUCUAAUCUGAUUACGAUCAACAAUGCUUCUAAAGAGGUAAGGGAAUCUAUAAAGUUGCGUCAGAUAAUGCAGACUAUUCUUACACUGGGAAAUGCCUUAAAUCAGGGAACAGCGCGAGGAUCAGCAAUAGGAUUCAAACUGGACAGUCUUCUUAAAUUGUCAGACACCCGUGCAAGAAACAAUAAGUUGACUCUAAUGCAUUAUUUAUGCAAGCUCCUUGCUGAGAAAAUGCCGGAGUUGUUGGAUUUUGAUAAGGACCUGGUUCAUUUGGAAGCAGCAUCUAAGAUCCAACUGAAGUCCUUAGCUGAAGAAAUGCAAGCAGUCAGUAAGGGUCUUGAAAAGGUUGAGCAAGAGCUCACUACCUCGGAAAAUGAUGGUGCCAUAUCUAUAGGUUUUCAGAAGGCUUUAAAGAAUUUCCUUGAUACCGCUGAAGCUGAAGUGAGGUCACUUAUAUCAUUGUAUUCUGAAGUGGGAAGAAAUGCGGAUUCUCUAUCUCAGUAUUUUGGGGAGGAUCCAGCUCGCUGUCCAUUUGAGCAAGUGACAUCAAUUUUGGUGAUCUUCACUAAGAUGUUCAAUAAGUCACGCGAGGAGAAUGGUAAACAGGCGGAUGCUGAAAGAAAGAAACUGGAAAAGGAUGCCAUGAAAGAACGAUCAAAUUCUUCAACAAAAUAAGAAGACUUAUGUUGAUGGCACAGAUGUUCCAACCAUCGGUAACACAAGCUGUGCAAGGUAGAAUGACGUGGAACGAAAAUGUGCAUGUAGAAGCAGUUGGGAGAAUAGUGAGCAGAUGACAUUCAAGUUUUGUUUGGAUGAGACAACCGUGUACAUAUAUUAUUUUGUAAUUGUAAUUGUAAUUGAUACCUGAUGAGGUUCAUCUGGAUUGUACUUUAUAGUGUUUUAACACAUUUUUUUGGCUAAAAAGACAGCGUAUAGCAAUUCCUGGGAUUGAAGCUUUAUUUGCCGUAUGAAUGCAAGUGAAUGUGAUGAAAUGCAUUUGGGUUGUUAUUUUA